CGCGUGUCUCUGUCUUUCUUUGUGUUCUUCUCCAACUUGUCUACACAGAAGUUUUGCCUUUCUCUCUCUCUCCGUCUCUGGUCCUUAUUCUCUCUUACUCGCUACUGAAAUCUCCCAUGAGUUCUUUGCUUUCAAAAGUUGCCGCAACCUAAACAGAAUUGAAGACAGUACCAUGAGUCAAACAAUGGAGGAAUAUCAGUCUAAUGAGAGUGAAGAUAAAAGAAGCUGGAUUUGGAGUAAGGCGGUAAGCGUUGGGAAGAAGGUUCUGACAGCUGGUGUUAUAGUGUCUUCAGCUCCACUUCUUGUUCCUUCACUUUUUGUCGCCUCGACUAUCGCCUUCCUCUCCUCGGUUCCUUUUUGUUUCUUCUUGGCUAAUUAUGCUUGUACACAAAAGGUCAUGAGUACUCUGCUUCCUGAUACUGAAGAAACAGGUGGAGUUGACAAGGAUGAUGAUGAAUCUAGAUUUGAUGAGUACAGCAAGAUUGGUCACCGUGAAGGUGCGGCUGAAGUUGGUGAGGGUGCACUUUUCAUGGGUACGGAAGAAACCAUUCCCAUUCAGGUUAAGGAAGAUGAGGAGAUGGCGAAAGAGUCAACGAGCUUGCUAGAGAAAAUUAGGGAUGAGGGUAGAACUGACAGAGAAACCUCUGAGAAAGAAUUACAAGAUGAUAAAAAGUCCGGGAAUGCCAAGUCAGAGGAGGUUCAAGAACAGCCUGAAAAGCGGGAAGCUCCUGAGACUGGACGAGAAGGGGAACUUGGGGCCACAAAAACUGAAACUUCAACGGGCAAGGAUGACGAGGAAACGUCUUCGAAUGAGCCGAUAGACCAAGCUAGUGGGGCACAAGGAACCGGGGAAGAGAAACGAAAAAACACAACUAAGAAAAAGAAGAAAACCGGGCGUGCAGGUGUAUAGUGAGGAGCAAAUAUGGGAGAAGAUGGAGACGUUGAGGAAGGUAGUAGGAUACAGUGUUGCAAGUAGUGCCACAUGCGCAGAGGAGUUAAAGGCUCUCUAUGUCUUCACCGGCGUGGUGGAGCCACCUCACUCAAGCUUAAACCAUGACACUCAUGAUAUCGCACAUCUUACUAUUAGACUUCGCUUCCUCAUGUCUGUUAUCGGAAUAAACUAGUUUGAUGGUGUGUUUUGUGUAUUAGAUUCAGGACAUGUGUUGUGAACUAAAUCUCAACUUUGUAUGUACUUUUAUUGCGACUUUUGGUCCUAGUUUUAUUAGUCUUGAAUGUUUUCUAGUAUU